ACCAGGGCGUAUUUGAUGGUGGUGUCAAACAGCUAAGGGUCCAAUGGGUGCUGUACGCAUUAACAGAUACAGCAUUGUUGCAUCCGACGAUGACAACGUCAGGAUGUCCAGGCUCCAUAACGGGGCGGUGACCGGUAAGCGAAGCGAGAGCGACGCGGGUGGGCCGGCGCCCCCUCACCCCCCCCACCCCCACCACCACAAGCCCAGCAACGGCGCCGCCACCGUGAGCACGGGCCGGCCCGGGGGCGCGCGGCAGCGCUUCGUCAAGAAGAACGGCCAGUGCAACGUGGUCUUCGCCAACAUGCAGGACAAGCCGCGCCGCUACCUGGCGGACAUCUUCACCACGUGCGUGGACAUCCGCUGGCGCAGCCUGCUGCUGGCCUUCACCGUCGCCUCGCUGCUCUCGUGGCUGGCGUUCGGCGCGGUCUUCUGGGCGGUGGCGCUGGCCCACGGGGACGCCGACCCGCCGCGCGAGCUCGUCCGCCUGGGCCGCUGGCAGCCGUGCAUCCUGCACGUGCGCGGCUUCGCGGGCGCCUUCCUGUUCUCCGUGGAGACGCAGACCACCAUCGGCUACGGCUACCGCUGCGUGACGGAGGAGUGCCCGGCCGCCGUGGCCGCCGUGGUGGCGCAGUGCAUCGUCGGCUGCGUGCUGGACACGCUCAUGGUGGGCACCAUCAUGGCCAAGAUGGUGCGGCCCAAGAAGCGGGCGCAGACGCUGCUGUUCUCGCGGCGGGCGGUGGUGGCGCUGCGCGACGGCAAGCUCUGCCUGAUGUGGCGCCUGGGCGACAUGCGCAAGAGCCACAUCGUGGAGGCGCACGUGCGCGCCCAGCUGCUGCGGCCCUACACCACGGCCGAGGGCGAGUACCUGCCGCUGCAGCAGGUGGACCUGGACGUGGGCUACGACGAGGGCCUGGACCGCCUCUUCCUGGUGGCGCCGCAGGUGGUGGUGCACGAGAUCGACGAGCGCAGCCCGCUCUACGGCAUGGGCCGCGCCGAGGUGGCGCGGGGCGACUUCGAGAUCGUGGUCAUCCUGGAGGGCAUGGUGGAGGCCACGGCCAUGACGGCGCAGGCGCGCAGCUCCUACCUGCCCGGCGAGAUCCUCUGGGGCCACCGCUUCGCGCCCAUGCUCUACGAGCGCGGCGGCCGCUACCUGGUGGACUACGCCCGCUUCGAGGAGACCUACGAGGUGGCCAACAUGCCCGCCUGCAGCGCGCGCGAGCUGAGCCUGGCGGCCGGCGACUCGGGGAAGUCGUCCCCGGCGGCGCUGUGCCCGGCGUGCCCGUGCCGGAGCUCGGCCGCCCAGUCGUCGCCGUCGUCGGGGCCGUCGUCGUCGGCGUCUCUCAUGCCCAGCGCGUUCUGCUACGAGAACGAGGUGGCGCUGCAGAUGCGGGAGGAGGAGCGCGAGGCGCUGGACGAUAUCAAGGAGGAGACCCAGAGCCUGGUGGGCAGGGCAGAGAAGCAGAGCGAGGGGCUGCUGUGCGUGCUGGACAUGGAUAACCAGGAGGAGGUCAGCCGCUUGCAGAAAGCCAUCCCACCGAUAAAGAUCAUCCACAGAAGAAACUCCGCAUUGUAAUGUCACUCGGUUUUUUGGACACACACACACACGGUCAGCAGAGACUUGUUUGUUGUGGUUCUAGUUACGCUUUCUAGAGUCUGCUUGGAGUACGCUUUCUUAACGCGAACGGGUUGAAGGUGGCUUAACAUUUCAAAACAGCAGUCACUGAUCACCCACUUUCUCUUGGACUCUUGGAUUUUCUUGUCAUAAAUAACUUACACCUGCUAAACCAAGAUCCUGACUGUACAACUUAAGUUUUCCUCUCCAUCGAUGGCCAGUCAAAUGAAAAUGUAUAUUCUAAUGUACAAAACUAGCAUCCAAGGAUCACCAGAUUUGUCACAUCCUCCGUCUCCCAUCAGAGAUCAAAACUAAAAUACGAGGAGUAUGGUAGUCAGAGCUACAUUACCUUACCCAUGUACUCUUUUAGCAAAACAACUAGAACAGACACGAGCGAGCACACAGAACCACACGCCACUCAUCAUUCCUCUCAGAACCGCACGUCCACCCCUCACUUACAGUCCUCACAGUGCAAAUGGAAUAUGCUUUUUCUUUUCAAUUCAUAGUAUGUGGGACUUGGUCCUAUCUGAGAGCUCAUUUAUUCAAAUCAUUUCAAACCUUCACGUUGAUGGGAACAAUUAAACAGUUCUUCCGUAUCAAAUCCAUCUGUCGUACAGAAACAACCAAACAAUGAAAUCACAGGUGCAAGAUGUGAGGACAACCUCAUUGCGCAACCUCAAGACUUACGACGGAUUCCACGUCUACAGUAGAUGGUGUUUAUGUUUGCAUGGUGUCUGGUUUGCACGGCAACUGAGGGUUUUUUGUGGACACACUGUCUCUGUAUCUACUGCAAAGCAUAAACUAUGCACCUUGGUAUCUGCAGCUUAACGUU